UUCGACGUCACGAUUGGCCGUCGUGUCAACAGUUUCGACCAAUUGGAACUUGGCCUUAGGCUGAGCAGUCAAGCUACCCAUCUUCCGACCAUUGAUGUAUCAUCAAUGGUUAGCCUUGAUAAUCUGCCUCCAGAGGUUUUCCAUCGCAUCUGCUUCUUUCUGCAUGCCAGUGACGUAAUAGCGCUAAGACUAGUAUCGAAAAAGUUUCGUUCCUGGACCGGAAUCAAGUUUUGGCAGAAGCGCCUGUUAGCUUUAUCUGCGGGCGCCUAUCCAUGCCUGCAAGAUAAGAAGGUGGACUGGAUUCAUGAAACGGUUGCGCGAGAAAUGUAUCUCUCUGUUUUUGGCCAGAAUGGCACAAGACAGCACUUUGUACGACCCUGUGCAACUUCAGUAGCGAUCGAUGUAUUGCACAUUCCACCGGUAGCCUCUGACCUUCUGCUUGUUGGAGAUCGGGGACGAGUGAUCUCGAUAUUUUCACUGAAAGAAAUGGCGCUGAAUAAGGACCCAUGGAAUGCUGUAUAUGUUGAAUCUCGACUCCACCUGGGCUGGAUUUGGUCUAUCGAAUCCUUCGGCUACUCUGUGCUCACUGGGUCGUGGGACAAGACGCUGCGCCUCUGGAAUCUUUCUGAUACUGGCCUUGUUCCUCAUUCCGUAUACCACCUUCCAGGUCCGGUCUUCUCUACCGCCUUCUUUGACCCUUCUACCGUCUCAGUAGCAUCCAAUGCAUUUGUAUACACAGUUGAUCUUCGAGCUCCUUCAGUUAAUCAAUCUGGUCCGCGCCUUAAACACAAAGGCACAGUUUUGUGUUUGCAAUCUCCUGGUAAAUGGCAUUCAUCGACGGACUCAGCUAAACCGUCCUGGAUGGACUGGGGGGCUGGAGGGGAUCAGCUUUCAUCUGUUGCCACGUCAGUUUCCGACUUAUCCUCCAUUACCGCUAGUCAGGAAAAUUUGCCGACGUUAAUAAAUGGAUUUUCCGAAAACGAAUUCCUACUAGCUUUUGCUCAACUAUCUCCCGACGAGCAAGAACAGGAACAACGAGGAAAGGAUGAGGCUUGCACUGACCAGUCCGUGCCAAUUGGCCCUUCAAUAGCGUCUGACGAACCGACCGAAAUGGGUUGUCACCUGUCAUCCAAUGCAUUCAACCUCGUCACUGGGAGCUAUGAUCGGAGUCUUAAUGGAUGGGAUAUGAGAUAUCCAUCCAAACCUGUUAAAACGUUUGAAUUGUCCGGUUAUCCCAGGAGAAUGUCGCUUAUGGAUGACAGCGAGCUUUGGGUAGCCCAACCACCCAACUUGCUGCUUGUGUUCGAUAUCCGACAAGGCUUAUUCAAUUGUGUCCAUACGCAAAAACUUCCUGGAUGGACUCGUGGUUUUGGUGCUCUUGUGGCCACACGAGGUGGUAUUUUCGUAUCGGGUCUACACGGCACCGUGGAAGUUUUGCAUCCUACCUGUCCACCAGCCAGCAUGGGUGGCGCACCGUUAGCCGAAUCUUUAUCAAACGCCCCUAAUACCCUUGCUGUGCACGAUGAUCUCUUGGCCGUUGGCUGUGAAGAUGGAACCGUACAUGUGUGGGCCGGACAGAACGCGUUUAGUUCGAUUUCCUGUUGAACAUUGCACGAGACUGGUAUAUACGCCACUCCAUAGACCAAAUUCGUUUACAAUCUGUUUUUUUCUUGAAAUGUUACUUUUCGUUUUGGCCAUUAUUACACAAUUUUUAAUGAUUUUGAGCUGCGUUUCCAUAGCAUUGUUGGCCG